CUGUAAAUAUCUACCCCAUUCGUGUCUCUCUUCCUUCCCGUGGUUACAUCCAGUCGAGAAAGGCAAACCAUGUGGCGAACAACCUAAACUCUGUUUCUUCCCUUUCAAACUCCCUUCUCUCUCUAACCCCUAUUUUCUUAGCCUUAUUUCUUCCGAGCUUCUCCCUCUUCGCCUCCAUCCCCUAAUUGCAAAUCUCUCUCUCUAGAACAGCAACUUCCUUCACUAGGUGAAAGCAUGAGUUUUGUCUCAUAACUGGUCGUUGUUCAGAGUUCCUUAUUUCAUAUCAGUUGCAUACAGUUACUAUUAUAUGCUUAAUGAAGAUGGCAGAAGUUGAGCGGCUAAGCGGUAAAUCGGGAAUUCUCUAUGAGCUAUCUAGGAAUGAAAGAAAUGAGGGUACAUCAGCCCGAACAAGACCCUUAACCAUAGAAGAUUUGAUUUUGAGAAGGAAUAACAAGAAACUUCUAGAGACUUUUGGCGAAAGAACUAUAGGGAAAACAAAAAAAUCUGUUCCAGAAACUGAUGCCACUUCCGAUCACUCUGGGUCUGACACAAUUCACAAAAGGGAUUCAUCUUCAAAGGAUGUGAAGGGGAAGCAUGAUUUGGAUGAUUCUAAGAAGAAGGGCAGCUCCAAAAAGAAAAAUGGUAGGCUUCCUACCAAGGAAGAUGGGUAUUCUAAAGGAAAAGAGGAAAAGUUGCACAGGGAUAAGGGUAGGGAUACCGGGGGCAAGAAUGAAAAGCAUGGUCAUCAUCGGGGUAAACUGGAUGACCAUAAUACAGGGUCCAAGAAACACCAUUUUAGUGAAGUGGGUGUAAAGGAUAGGCAUGAAGAGAGGGAUAAGUACAAGAAAGAGAGCAAAAAGAAGCAUAAAAGUGAAAGUGAUGAAAAAUAUAAACUAGAGAAAGAUGGAGUUGUUGCAAGGAAACAGGAACCUAGCAGAAGAGAAGACGAUGAUUAUCUUGAAGGAAACAGCAGGAAGAAACAAUCAAACCAAUCCUCUUAUCACGAUGAAACGAGGCCAAAACGUAGAAGGUCAGAGAGUCGAGAACCAAACAGAGGUAGAGAAAGAAGAUCUGUUUCACUUUCGCCAAGGUCACGUAAGCGUACUUCUUACCGUGGUUGGGGCCAUGAUGAGUCAACAUACUAUUCUAUCAAGGAAAGGGUUGGAAGGCAUCAUUCCGAAACAGAAAGGAGUAGAAAAGGAAGUAACGGGUCAAGUUCAAAUGGGCAUUAUAGGCGCCAUGGUAAUGCAAGUGGUCUUGGUGGGUAUUCUCCCCGAAAGAGAAGGUCUGAGGCAGCAGUGAGAACUCCGUCUCCAAUGGUUCGUUCACCUGAAAGAAAGAGUGCAGCUUGGGAUCUCCCACCUGUUGGUCUGGACACAACUGGUGUAAUUUCAAAUGUGGGUUCUUUGCAGUCUUCUUCAUCUCGCCAAGUAGUUACAUCUCAAACUCACGAGUUGCCCAAAGUUGUCUCCUUUGCAUCAUCUGCUCUAAAUUCUAGCAUGUUAAAUUCGACGAAGACUGGCAUAUUAAUUGCUGAAAACCCCUUUGAUUCUGUUCAACUUACUCAAGCCACUCGACCGUCUAGAAGGCUUUAUCUAGAGAACAUUCCGGCAUCGGCGUCUGAUGAGUCUGUUGUGGAAUGCCUCAAUAAUUUCCUUCUAUCAUCAGGUGCUAUUCGCAUUAAAGGAACUCAUCCCUGCAUCAGCUGUUUGAUAAACAAAGAAAAGGGUCAAGCUCUUGUGGAGUUUCUUACACCUGAAAAUGCAACAGCAGCUCUUGCUUUUGAUGGCAAGUCAAUCUCUGGAUCCAUAGUCAAAAUCAGGCGGCCUAAGGACUUCAUCGAAACACCAGCUGUUGCCACUGAGAAACCAGUGGCUACAGUGGAUGCAGUAUCUGACAUUGUGAAGGAUUCGCCACACAAGAUUUUCAUUGGGGGCAUUCCAAAAUCUCUUUCAUCUGAUAAGCUUCAGGAGAUUGUCAGUGUAUUUGGACAUUUAAAGGCCUAUCAUUUUGAAGUUAACCGGGAGAGUGGCGGUUCUUGUGCAUUUCUAGAGUACACUGAUCAGUCCAUUACCCUUAAAGCAUGCGCUGGGCUGAAUGGCAUGAAAUUGGGAGGGUGUGUAUUAACUGUGGUCCAGGCCUUUCCUGAUGUCUCUGCAGAGGAAAUUUCAAAAGGCCCUCCUUCCUAUGGGAUACCUCAGCAUGCAAAGCCACUACUGAAGGAACCCACACAGAUCCUGAAGUUGAAGAAUGUGUUCAACAUGGAUGAUCUGUCUGAGUCCGAGAUCGAAGAAUCAUUGGAAGACAUACGCAUUGAAUGCACGAGGUUUGGCACAGUUAAGUCGGUGAAUAUCAUUCGAUUAAGCAAAAGCUCCGAGGAGGCCCCUAACAUGACCAUUACCACUGGAAACAAUGAUUCGCCAGGACCCAAACAAGAUCCAACUCAGAUAAUGGAGAAAUUGGAUUCUGUAAAUAGUGAUAUACUAGGAGCCAAACAAGACUCGCUUCACGAAUUGGAGAAAUCAGACCCUGUAAAUUGUGAUAUGCAAAUGUCUGAUCAGGACCCAAUUCAAGAAAUAGAAAUAUGGGAGCCUGGUUAUUCUGAGAAUGUUGAAAUUGUUGCUUCCAUUGAUGAGAAAACUCGGGACCUUGAGAUGAUUACCGAUGAUAAAGAUGAACACUUAUUAAAGAAUAAAGAAGAUGAAUCUGGAACAUCAAACUGUGAACAAACGACUCUGGCAGGUGAUGAUGCUUCAGACCAGCUUCCAUGCUCUCUCUCUCUACAAUAUAACAAUGCCCACGAACCUACAUUCUCUCUUUCUCAACAAGAUAGAGUUAGUGAGGAGUUUCAGAAGAAAUGUGAAGCUCCUGGUUCUAUGAAGUUGGAAGAUUUUGAUAUGGGCAGUAGUGGUGAUGAUCAAAAGACCAUGAUAAACCCAAGUUCUGAUUUUGAUGCCUUUCAGCCGGGUUGUGUUCUUGUUGAGUACUCUAGGAAAGAGGCUGCUUGCUUGGCUGCUCACUGCUUGCAUGGCCGGCUUUAUGGUGAUCACAGGGUUGCAGUGGAGUAUGUGGCUUAUGAUCUCUAUCGAGCCAGGUUCCCGAGAUGAGAAAGAAAGCUCAUGUGAUCUUAUUUCUCGAAUUUGGGUCUGGGAUGAGAGAAAGCUCAUACGAUAUUGUUCUCGAAUUUGGUUCUGGGGAUGAGAGAGAGGUAAGUGAAUCUCUCGAAUUUGUAGUGGUUGUACUUUCUGGUUUCGCUUGAAUGUCUCAAUUCCAGAUGAGGGAGAAAUCUCUUUUGAGCUGGGUUCCCAGAUCGGGAAGUAACUAAAAAUUUCUCUAGCGUUUGGAGCCUGUACUGAGUGGUUGGCCUGUAAUUGGUUAAAAUAUGCUCUUCCAUUUUAGUUUCGUCAAAUCAAGUUUACCUAUAAGUUAUUGAAUAUUUAGAAAGAGGAGUUUUGAGGAUUUCCUUCCUCUUAGGCCAGAUUGGCAGUAGUUGCAGAGGCUUGAUCAUGACUGGGUUUUCUGAGGUUAUAUGAAAACCUAUUUGCUGAUUCUCGUGAAUUCUAAGAGGGAUUCAAGGACCUCUACGUUAUAUAUUAUGGAUUUGUAGAUAUUGCUGUUAUAGUUGUUUA